GUAGUUGCCUCUACCAAGGAACAAUGUGGCCACUGGCACUGACUCGGACAUUUCGCGUUGCUGAUUUACACUUGACUUGUCUUUGAUCAGUGAUCACGAUCUCUCAUUCAUGAACGUCUUUUCUGCGCACUCACACAGGACACAGCUAAUUCUAGCAGCUGUAUCAGCAUCUUUACUGACGUCGGGCCUGUUUACUGCAUAUAAUGCUUAUAUUCGACGCGAACGGAGACGCAGUCUCGAUCGAGACAUCCUCAGGUCAAUAACAGAUCAGGAUGAAGGCUCAAAACAACGCUUGAGACCAAAGGACGACGAGCCAUUGGAUGAACAAAUUCUCCGCAUUGGUGUUAACGGGCACAACGAAGAGUUGGUCAGGGAGCAGCUCGCGCGGUGCUAUGCAUUUUUCGGGGAUGAGGGCAUGGCACGCGUUCGGGAAAAGUCUGUUGUGGUCGUUGGCUGUGGUGGUGUCGGUAGCUGGGCGGCAGUCAUGUUGGUCAGGUCAGGCGUGUCGAAGAUCCGACUGGUGGACUUUGACUAUGUGACGCUUUCCUCGUUGAACCGACAUGCUACGGCUGUGCUUGCAGAUGUAGGAACGCCUAAGGUGGGAUGUAUUGAGCGGACGCUCAAGCAGAUCUCCACAUGGGUGGAUGUGGACAGCCGCGUUGAGAUUUGGAGGAAGGAAGACGGAGGGAGGUUGCUGGAGGGAGCAGAUUGGGUCAUCGACGCAAUAGAUAACAUCACCACCAAAGUCGACUUGCUGAAGUAUUGUCAUGAGCAUAAUAUCAAAGUGUUCUCGUCUAUGGGUGCUAGCGCAAAGGCAGAUCCUACACGAAUUCAGAUUAGUGACAUCUCGUACACGAUGUACGACCCUCUCGCACGUUCUGUUCGGCGCAGGUUACGGCUGCAGGGUGUAUCCUCAGGAAUUCCUGUGGUUUAUUCUACAGAAGUCCCAGGAGAUGUGAAGCUACUCCCCCUGCCCGAAGAAGAAUUCCAGAAAGGUGACGUCAAAGAACUUGGAGUAUUCGAUGAUUUCAGGGUGCGAAUAUUACCAGUCCUCGGCCCCUUGCCAUCUCUUUUCGGGCUGCACAUAGCAACCUUCAUCCUCUGUGAGAUGGCCGGAAACCCAAUUCUGAACCCUUUGCCCAUAAAGAAUCGCAAGAAGCUCUACGAGCGCCUCCUUCGUGAUCUAUUGCAUCGUGAAUCGAAGUUUGUUGGGGAGCCGAUCAAUAAAUUACCUAUCGACGAAGAUGACGUCGCAUUGAUAUUUGAGGACCUGCAUCUCGGUCGUUCCGUCGUGCCUCCACACGCUGUCCCUGCACACCCGGCACUUCUGCGGUGGGAUCCAGCUAAACCACUUACCCCAGAAAACUGUGUGGUUUUUGAUUCUACGGAGGUGGAGAAGCACGUAAGAGAGUGCUUGGCACCGCGGACCGAGGAAGCGCAUCCGAGAAAAACCCCGAGAGAUGUGUGGGGAGACGAAGUUCAGGCUGUUGUGGAACGUCAUGCAGCCGACGUGGCAAAAUACAGAGCGUGGGUUGGGCUAUAACAAGAGCCUUGAGUAGCACACACGGUCAGCAUCUGGAAAAUCACUAUGGAUCGAGUAUAUCGAUCAUAUCAGAAAGCCUCGUUUUCUGAUAGAAUUAUAACUGCGGCGCAUAG